CCCUUCCUUCGUAGGAUCCACGAUUUCCAAUACGCCAUUUACGGAAUCGCUGGUUUCUUCUUCCUCUUCGGAGCCCUCCUCCUGGCCGAAGGCUUUUACACCACCGGCGCUGUCAGGCAGAUCUUUGGCGACUACAAGACCACCAUCUGUGGCAAGGGCCUCGGCGCUACGGUAACAGGGGGCCACAAGGGGAGGGGUUCCAGAGGACACCGUCAAGCUCACUCUUGGGAGCUGGUGUGUCACUGUUUGGGCAAAUGGCUGGGACAUCCCGACAAGGUGAUCUAUCUGCAGUUUGCGUCUUCUGGGGCGGGUUGGCUGGUGUGGGCGUGGGCAGAGAGGCAUGAGACUGCAGCCCUGGUCAGCCCCGUGGCUGGUCCUGAAAAGGCUCCAGGCACAGGCCGGGCAGCUGCACUGGAAGAGACACUGGUGGCCGGCACGGAAACAGCCUGGAGCACUGGGGCCCCCGAGGGGAGCUUGGGGGAGGGGGCUGCCUUUCCCGGGGCCUUUGGAUCUCACCUUCUCCUCCCCACUUUCUGCCUCCAGGUCACCUUCAUCAUUGCCGCCACCUACAACUUUGCAGUCCUCAAACUGAUGGGAAGAGGCACAAAGUUUUAAGCGUGAGCGAAAGAGAGAGCCGCUACCUUCACCAGAUGCUCUUCCUCCUCUUAACCACCAGCCUUUAACUCAACCAGGCAGUCACGCUGCACCUGGCCACCGCCUCCUCCUCCUCCCUUAACACCAUCUGACUGCCCUUCCCCCCUUGUGCCAAUGAAGCAGGCCGUGUCCUGAGGAUGGAGGAGAGUCUCUUCAGCACCUACAGUCCUUCUUCACGCUCUCAUCUCCCAGUAGCUCUCUGGGCUCCUCCGGGAACCACCCAACCGAUAUCUGCUUGCUCCAAAGGAGGCCCAGGUGGGCUGAUCAGCCAGCUGAGCCGCCCGGAGACACAGAAGAGCCAGCUCUGCUCGUUCACCAGCUUUCUCUUGCAGUGGCACCAGAGGCGGCAGUGGCAAACACAAGGCCCCCCCUUGGCCAACUCCCCAUCUCCUGGGCAAGAGGGCUUGGAGCAAGGAUCUUCCCAGGAGGGAAAGAGAGCACUGAGCCACUGCCUUGUGGAGAGGUGACCUUGUCCAUAGCCCCAGCCACCCUCCCAAGAGCAGCGAGGAACCUGGGGAAGGGGCCCUUCUCUCCAUCCUUUGAGGAGCAGGUAAAGCUAGGCCGAUUGGCUCCAGCUUCCUUGGGCCACCCCAGCUGGGCAGAGGUCAGCCUUAUCUUAGGAGCACCCAUAACCAGAAGCUGCCGCGCCUAAUGCUAGGGGCUCCUUCGUUAGAGGAGGAGGGGGUCGUAACCCUGGGCCAUGUGCUUUCCCUUUGGCCACGAGGGGUGGGACCCAAAGCCUCCGACCAUCACAUUGGUGCUCCCCUCUUCCAGUGACUGCUGCUUCUAUCCUACACCUUCUUCUUUAGGGAUCAUCUGCAGAAUAUAACCCGUAUUUUCUUUCCUUAUCAUUACUUUCCCCCAUUUCUGGCAAAACCGUAAACCAUCCCAGUUAUAUGGAGCCUCCUGUCUCGGUUCCUUGGUCCAACUAGAGAGGUAAAAGAAGAGAAAAUUAAAAAACACCCUGUACAUUCCGGACACGGAUUUCCAUAAAACAAAAAGAAAAUUGAUUUGGUCACUGUAGGGAAGGAUCAUCCCUGAACUUCACACCGUGAUAUCCAGCGGAAAGAAGGGAUGGACUGGAAGGGUCAUGGAAGCUCUCCCCGACACACACACACACCCCCGGCCAGGAGCCUGCUUUGCUUCUUGCCCACGAGGGCAAAGCCCUGGCUGGGAGCUCCCUGGCGAACCGGGCUUAGCCAGUCAGUGCUCAACUCCAACCUUAGGGGUCUAUGUCAGCAAGCGUAGGGGUGGGGUGGGAGAAGAGAUGGCCAGGCAGGGGCCAGUUCCCUAGACGGCUAACAAUCAGGGCAGCCCUGCUGAGCAGGCUUGACCCAGGCAGCUGAAACCCAUUCGGGAUGCACUUGUGAACAGAGCCCACCUGGAAAGCAGCAGCAAAUACUGGGGGCAAAUGAAGUUGUCUAUACCUGAUCUUUCACGUGGAUUGCAAUGCAUAUAACUGGGACUCGAGCCCUCCGAAAUCCCUCAGUAUAAACUCUGGGGGAAACCAGCUAAUAAGCUAAGUGUGUUUCUUUCUCCUUUCGAAAUUCAUUUUUAACAAAGCAUGACCAGUUUGUUUUUGGAGACUUACCUUGCAAGGUGUAUUUUGUAAUAUUCGAGGAAUAAAAGUUACGACUGUUCUGAAGAA